UAUCCAGCACUUAAUACACACUAAGAGUGAACCAAAGGACUUACCUCACACACUAACCCAUCCAAACCAGCAGUGCCCGGCAAACAUGAACCCUGACUAUCUACAUCCCGUCAGAAAAACCUACUCUAGAUGCCGAUCUAGCAAGUUCUCCUUUGUGGAUACCCCUCGGCCAAGGCCCGGAAAAGACCGGAAAUUGGUUCCUUCGAGCGACAUUAUCCAUCUCGCAAACCGGUGCUGGUUCGAUCGCAGCCGGGUGUGUUUUAUGGUAACUAGAUCGAUCCCUUUUUUGAGCCAGGGGCUAGAACCGUGGUUCGGAAAUAUCUUCCAAGGGGAAAUGACAGGCCCGACCUUGUGGAAUUGUGGAAAGCUAGUUUGAAGGCCACACGCGCGAUCCGUGGGUACGAUGAGACACAUCUUCCGUCCUUCGGUAUGGAUGUACGCGCUUUCGGCCGCAGGUUACUUCUUUAAUGCCGUUUCUCUUUACGUGCAGCACUGUUGUCAUCACUGGAUUGACACGCAGAAUACCGCAAGGGAUAUGAUGGGCA